CCCGGCUCCGCAGCGCCGGGCAGAGCGGAGCUGCCGCGCCGCGCUCGCUGGGGACGCGCUCGGCUUUUGUUCGCCGGCGGCAGCGUUCGGGAGGACUCCCAUCCGCGCUCGAGGAAGGCUCCUUCUCCCUGUUCCCCAUCCCUCUGCCGUCCUGAGUGAGGCGGCCCACCCAGAGGGCUCUAAUAGCAGCCCCGUGUCUGCGUGAAGUUGCUGACAUGACUGCCGCCGGGUCCCCGUGCACCGGUAGCAGCGCGGAGCCGGGUUUAAAGGGGAAUUGCGCUGCAGACAAUGCACAGCAGCGGCAGCUGGAGCAGCCCUGGGGACCCGAGCUCUGGUUCUGACAUUGCUGCACGCAGAGCCCCAGCCGCAAUGACAGCAGCUGCCUGGGGCGGCUGCAGGCAGCAGGCAGGAGCAUGAAGUAGCGAUCACUGCAGUGCUCAAGAUGAACUCCUCCUUGGUUGGCAACCAGAGUGGCCGGCCAUUCUGUCUCCUGGCCAUUAGCUAUUUGGAGACCAUCAAUUUUUGCCUCCUGGAAGUGGUUAUUAUCGUGUUCCUCAUGGUGCUGAUUAUUUCAGGCAACAUUAUUGUGAUAUUUGUCUUUCACUGUGCACCUCUGCUGAACCACCACACCACCAGUUACUUCAUCCAGACUAUGGCGUAUGCUGACCUCCUGGUGGGUGUGAGCUGUCUGGUGCCUUCUUUGUCUCUGCUGCACUAUCCAGUUGUUUUAAGCGAGUCUUUGGUUUGCCAGAUCUUUGGUUAUGUGGUAUCAGUGCUGAAGAGCGUCUCCAUGGCCUCUUUGGCAUGCAUCAGUAUUGACAGGUACAUUGCCAUCACCAAGCCGCUGACCUACAACACGCUGGUCACCCCGUGGAGACUGCGGAUCUGCAUCCUGGUAAUUUGGCUGUACUCUUGCCUGGUCUUCUUACCCUCCUUUCACUGGGGAAAGCCUGGAUACCACGGGGACGUGUUUCAGUGGUGUGCCAAUUCCUGGAACACUGACCCUUACUUCACUCUCUUCAUCGUGGUGAUGCUGUACGCCCCGGCAGCUUUCACGGUCUGCUUUACGUACUUUAACAUCUUCCGCAUCUGCCAGCAGCACACCAAGGAGAUCAAUGAGAGGAGGGUGCGCUUCAGCUCUCAGGAUGGGGAGGCAGGGGAGGCACAGCCCUGCCCGGACAAGCGCUACGCCAUGGUUCUUUUCCGUAUCACCAGUGUCUUCUACAUCCUCUGGUUGCCCUACAUCAUCUACUUUCUGCUGGAGAGCUCCAACGUCUAUAGUAACCGCGUUGCAUCCUUCUUGACCACUUGGCUCGCCAUCAGCAACAGUUUCUGCAACUGUGUCAUUUACAGUCUGUCCAACAGUGUCUUUCAGAAGGGGCUGAAGCGUCUCUCGGGGGCGAUUUGUGCCUCUUGUGCUAGACAGAGGGUAGCCAAGGACUCCUCUACCUCUAGGAGCAAAAGAUCUUCCAAUGGAUGUCACGUCUAAGACUGGGAAGUGCAGGGACAACUCUACUCUGUGAUUUGCAAAAAGUUAAAUACGAUUCUAUGAUGUCCAGAUUUGCAAAAAGGUUUCUGAGAAAUGCUGCUGACAUGGAAGAAUCAGGAGCACAAAUCGUUGUGGUUUCACUUUAAAAAAAGCAAAGUGUGGCUGUGGAGGCGGCUGUGGAGUUUCACCUCCAUAUUCGUUUUUAAGAAUAAAGCUGUAUCUUGACACUUACCUCUCCAGCUGGUGUGACUGAAUGGAGUGGGUGUCUGAGAGCUUCAGCAAAAUGUAGUCUUUCUUACAGUUCUGCUGGGUUCUUUUGAGAUUCGUGCUUCACAUGUAAAUGAUCUGCAGUGGAAAUGUCAUGGUAUAUGGUGUAUUACAGGGAUUUUUUUAAUAUAUGCCAAAGUAUAUUGACAGAAUUUUCCAGCGUUGUAACAGAAGGGGCCAAACAACUUGUUUUUCUGUGCUACCUAGGCAGGACUUGUAGAGCAGGGGGGAACAAUGGGAACGUUUCCUCAUGAACGUGGUCUCACGGAGCCGUGAGCGCAGCACUGGGAUCUGAGCCGUCCCCAGCCCCGUAACUCUGGUUGGCUGCGUGUGCGCAGUCAGAGAACAGUCUGCAUUUCCCUGGUUGUUGUCAAGUAAGAAAAAACUUGAAUCAGACCACAUCUAGCAUGUGUUUUGAUAAGCUAAGAGAAAAAUACUUGUCAUUUUAUGAUACCAGAAUUGUGGCAGCCGCUUGAGAGCGAUGCCAACAUGUGAAAAUUGUUCUCCAAACAGUGGAGAAAUGCCACAUUUUUGAGUGGAAAUUUUCUCAAGAACAACUUUAAAAAUAACAUGUUCUCCCUUCCCCCCCUCUCCCCCUUUUCUUUAAUCUAAAUUCUUUUGAUAUUUUACAUACUAGAACUUAGGGGGAAAGGAAAGAAAACAAUUGUCUUCUAAACAGCUAAGGGAACUAUGUUGUAAAUUUAACUGUAGUAUUUGAGUUAUUCAUAAGUGCACAGAGCUAAAUCAGAGACAUUUUUCUUGGGGCUUUCGGGGAUUAAAGAUGGUUCGAAUAUAGCAGGAGCUAAAUCCUGUUGGCAAACACAUAUUUAACUGGUCAAACAAUGUACAGUAUCUGAGAAACAAAGUUUCAUCGACCACAGCGUUUCUCAGGCUCACUUAAACAAAGUGUUUUUGAGUAUUGUGAUGCCGUUAAGAAUUCGGUGCAGCCCUCAAAUUGAUUGGUUUUUUAAAACAAUGUCUUUUUACUGGUGCCGUGUUGGAAUAGGAAGGCGUUAGUGAGCCAUGUCCUGUAGCAGUGCAUUACAUCUGCAUUGUCCUUUAUAACACAGACCUGGUGCUGUGCUGUGCUCCCAGUCCGUGCAUUCGGUGCCGUGACUUUGGGGAAUUGUUUGAGCUGUUGUAUGAAGUCGCGGUUGGUUUACACUUGUCAUACUGGGAAAGGAAAAGAAAUAAGGGAAGAUAGUUUCAGAAGAGUGUUUCAGAACUGGAGCAGUUCUCUUGACCAAAGGAAAGACUGCGUUUAUUUGUUUUCAGGUCUGCUGUUAUUGACCAAGAUGGUUUCUGUUUUUAGUGGUCCUGCAAGCACAUGCGUUCCCUCCUCUGUGAUCUGCUGGGAGCUAUGGUCCCUGGGCUCGUGUGGUUUGUCCUGGGACAAAGCCAUGUUGUGAGCUGCUUUCAGUGUUCAUCCAUACUUCAGACCUGUCCAGAUGAGCUUCUUCCUUAGCUCAUCUGAAAGUUUAAGGCUGUCUAAAUCCUGAAGCUCUCACAACGUUGCUUGUUGUCUUUCAUAUGAAGACGUUGUCUAGGUUAAGGGCUUACACUGUCAUCUUUGCACAGACACCGUAGAGGUGAUUCCUUCUGCUAAGCUGUGUCAGUCUGCUGUUUGCUCUGAGACACCUGGCUGUGCCAGGUAGCCUUGGUGUGUGGAGCAGAGCAUAGCAGUGCGGUGAGUCAUUUAUAAAUGGUGCAUUAGCUCACAGCUGGCUAAUUGUUCUCUAGUGUUUUGUAGGUGUCAUGGCAUGGGUGGGCUUUAGGGAGCAGUUUAAGGGCUUUAGUCACUAAUAUCGAAGCAUUUCUUUGUGGUAUUUUUGGAGCAGCCUCUCAGGUAAACUCCCAGUAGCUGUUCUCUGGCUCUUCACCUUAGCUAACAUUUCCACGUGUUUGAAGCAAUACAAUCUAGCCUUCAAAGCAGUUGAUUAAAUUUAAUAGAAGAAAAAAAAAUUCUGCUAGGGCCUAAAACCCCAAAUGUGGUCAUUUCAGGUUACAGUGGAAGCUGGAGGACAAAUGGUUUUGGUUUUUUUUCCUUCCAAAUUUUGUGGCAUGAAUAAAAGGUUUGAGUAUUCAGUGCUAGUUUUUGAGGAUAUGGAAGUUUAGCAUAAAUUACAAGGGCUUAAUAAUGGCAUAGAGAUUUAACUUGAGUUGAAGCGGUUGCUGCUUGAGCUGUAAGCCUGGACUUGUACUUUGUGUAGUGGCUGGUAUAGAUUUAGAUGGAAAUUUGCAGCUGCUGUUGCUCGCAACUGAACUUCAAUUGCAAUGUUCCUUACAGGUAGGCUUUCAUUCACUCACACUCGUCUCAGAAUCUUCAGCUCAGGUGAUUUCCUUGAGAGGUGAAAGUCAGAAUCUGGAAGUCUCUUCUGAGAUAAGAAGAGUGGAAUUGCAGCCAGCUGAAGUGUUCAGGUUUCACCCUGUGUUUACAGGCAGUUUCUAAUAUUGCAUCAGUUGCCUGGUUCGUUAGUCUGUAUUUCUAAUACUGUCUGUGUUAAUUUAUCUGUGUUUUAAAUUUUAAGCUACAUUUUCCCUGUCAGUUAAAGGCUGGUCCAGGUUUAUAGGUGAUGAGGUGGUUUAAAGAUCCAUAUUGUUUGACUGCUGUCUUCAGUAAAACUGCAUGGAGGCGAUUCCUGGUCCCUGUGCCGACUGUGCAAGAAAGAAUUUUGGAAAGCAUUACCUUGUUUGCUCAGCAGUCCCUGUAACAUCCUUCCUCGCGUAGUUAACGUGAGGCACACUAGUCCUUCUCAUCACAAUAUGUGCUAUAUGGGUUGUUGGGCAGCAGGCUUUCAGCUUGGAUUGCUUUCAUUAUUGUAGAUAUGAAACGAAUCCUUUCUUGGCCAUCUCUGUGACAGAGUGUGCCUGGUCAUUUAGAGAUUGGUGUCAGAAGCACUGUGUAUGUUAAUGCCACAAUGGAGACCAUACAGAAAUCACAUUAUAUCUUAGUAAAAAUGGUGUUUUGUGGUAUAAUUAAAUGAGCCAAUUUUGGGAUUCCAUCUUAGACAAUACAUUUAUUUUUUAUUAGAGUUCUCUGCUUCUCUUUCAAAUCGAGCUGCUGCAAGGUCCAGUUUACAGGGUGGAACUCAGUUGGGUUUUUUUAAUGCCACCGGAGAAGAUUUCUAUACGCACAACUUCUCAGAAUGUGAUUAUUUGCUUCAUGGAGCACUCAUCAAUACAAAAGGAAGGCUGGAAGUUUGGGCUGUGGUGGCAUUGUUGUUUCCCAAAUUGGUUGGGAGAAAAUCUGUGAAUUAUCAUUGUAAUAAUUUUUAAUCAAGUGGCAGUAUUUUUUAACACGACAGUUACCUUUUGUGUGAAGCAUAAGUUUUGUUGUCAUCUGCUGUUAGUUUUUUAUUAGAUAUUACUGGUUUCUGUGGUCUUUAUUUGCUCUUGGAGGGGUUGUACUUGUAUCUUGGGCUUCUUAUCACUCAGAUUUGUUUCUUUUAGUUGGAAUUCUGUCGUGGCUCUGUGUCAGUGCUAAAGGAUUGUGGUGGAUAUUGGUCAUAAAUCUUCUAUGUGGAGAAAGCGGGGCAGAGAACUGAGGCACAUGGGGUUCAGGAGCAGCACCAGGCUGCAGGAAGGGGCUUUCUCAGAGCAGAAGCUUGAAUGAGAAUUCUCAGAUUUCAGCCCUGCACUGCAUCUCUGAGGCAUCGCACUUUUUCCCUUCGCAUAAAGGUUCUACGUGUCAGAAGUCCUAAUUUCAGUAGUUAUUGUUUCUGAAAAAGACGCUUCCAGAGGACAUGUCAUGUGAAAUGGAAAUAUUCAGUAUGAAAAAUGGAUGGGCAGCUUUCUGAUAUUAGUUGUGCUCUUAACAGCUGUACUGAACCUCUAUGAGCUGGGAAGGCAGAACGUUCAGUCUUCUCUCAUUCCACAUCUGGAUUUGAAGGUGGUUGAACUUGUAUCCCUAAUUCAGGUUGGUGCUUUAGAAAGUGUUUUUCUUAGGAACCAACCGUUGUGUGUGACAAAGGGCCCGUUUCAUUUUUUUCCAGUGUCUUUAUUCAUCUUUUAUAUCUCUAAUUCUGUGUGAGAAGAUGGAAGUUUUGAAGGUUUUAUUUAAUCAUUGUUUAAACACAUCUUUUAGUGUUGUGUACCUGAAGCAUCUGCUAAAACACGUGCCUGACCUGGUCCUUAUGUUGUUCCUAAGGUUAAAAGCUCUUUCCCUCCCAUCUCCCACCUUGCAGAAUGCAGUGGCACAUCCUUUCAGUGAUACCAUUCAAAAUAAACUUGAAGUUUACCUUGUCACCAGUUCUGUCUAAGGCUGAAAAGGCACAUUUGUAGCUGAUGCAAGAGGUGUAAAGCCUCCACAGUUGCAGCCACCACUUGGGAAGAUGUUUUCCGCAGAGAAGCAAAGGCAAGCUGAAGUUAUAUACAUAAAAAGCUUUUGGAAGAAGAAAGUUUUUGAAGGUUAAAAUGUAGCAUAUGUAGAUGCGGGUCAUUGUAUUUAGAGAAAGAAAGUGAAAGUUGCUGCCAGCGGAAAUAGACAAAAGAAACCUGUGGGAUAGCACUGCGUGUGCACUUGUGGUAUGAUGUAAGCUGCAGUUGUGUCAACACAGUGGAGUGUUUAGUUUGGGUCAGUCAUUUAGAACACGCUGUUGUAAGGAUGGAGAUAACCUUCCUUGCAGUGCUGCCGUGCUCGGGUUCUGCCCAGACUGGGAGCAGGGAUUCUCCUGCUCUGUUGCCACUUGGCUGCAUUGUGGGUGAACCGGCGCAGCUGAGCCUUGGUGUGGUACGGCUGGUGUGGCUGCUGUCUGCCUCCCUCCUGUGACUCGAGGUUAUCUGGGUGUGAAAUACUGUUAGGCAGAGAGCUGUCCCUGUGGUUCUCUGCUCCAUACUGACCUGUGCUGCUCUGCAGCUCUUGCUCCCAUCACCGUGUCACACAAAGCACCAUCUGUCUGCUCUGGGUGCGUGUAGCGGUUGGUGCAAGGAGGUGUUUGUGGCUUUCACCUGUAAACCAUUUUCAUCUCUUGAGCUUUGGCACUCAGUGGAGAUGCUAACGUAAGCUUUAUGUUCUUGCAUCCUGACCCAAGUUUUUAUUUACAACCUGGCUGCAUUGGCCAGUCUGCACAGUCAGAGCUGAUUCUCCACCUCGUGAAUUUGCAGUUACUGAAACCAAGAGCCAGGAGCGAUCCCCAUCCGUGUGUUGGCCUGGAAGCAGCAGCGGCACAACCCUGCGGGCAAUGGGCUCUGCUUGCUGCUACCACGAGGAUGGUAGUUCUGGAAUUGAAGCCCUGGCUUUUCAGGCGUUACUUGAGACUCUUUGGUUCUAAAGUUACACAGUUGAAGCAGCCCCUCCCAAAGAUGAACUCAACAAGUCUUGCUGUGCAUGUGUGUCAUCCUUCACUGCCAGGGAGCUCACGUGAGAUGAGCAAUCAAAUGCUUGAUCAAAAAAAAAAAUCAUUCCUUCAUUGUAAAUUGGAAAAAAAAAAGACCUUAUGGGAUUUCAACUGUAAGUGAAUCCUUGGAAAUCAGUAAUUAGAUUAGUAAAGGGUGACAUUCCAAUGUGCUGGCAGGAGUACUGAGGGAUUUGUCAGGGGAAGUAGAGCCAGGCUUCGCGCUGAAGUGGCGUAGGUAUAUUUAUAGUGCUAGUGAUAGUUGUGUGUGCGUGAAGACUUUGGGCUAUUUUAAUAUAAUGUAAGGCUUUGAGCUUUAGCUGACUGGAGUUGCUCGUUUGAUGAAGUUACAUUAGUACAACACUGUGAAAUAUUUUUAAAUAUUAGCAUUGCUGGGUAUUAAGAGUGUUUCAUAAAGACAUUUUUAAAACACGUUUUCUAUAGAUGCUGUUGAAGGAGUUGAUGUUUAGCAUACAAAAAGUGACUCCCUGAGGGUGGUGAGGUACUUGGGGUGUUCCUGAUCACCUCCGUUUUUGGGGGAUUUGGUAUUUCUUGAGGAUAAAUUGUUGUCAUUAAAACCUACUAAAAGUAAUGGUGCGGUUAAUUGUUGGGUGGCAGGAAGCAGUGCUCCCUCCAGCCGUGCUUUGGAACUGCCGGAAGGGGUUUGACAUCACACGUGUUGUGUUCACAGUGAUGUCUUUGGAGGUGCUGAACAGCACAGUGUUUUGCAAGUUGCUAUGCUGAUAAACUUCUCUCCAUAUGUAACCUCUGAAGUCAAGUUUCUAUUGUAAUUCUAGCAUGUAAACACUAGAUUCAAUUUUGUAUUCCUUUAAUGAAUGCAACAGGAUGGAAAUGAGUUUGCGAUUGCUAAUGAUGAGCUUUCUUACUGUUCUUAAUACUCGUGGGUAUGUCUUUUCUUCAGGGAGCUCAGAAUUGUAUUAGUACCUUUUUAAUUGUUUUUUUUUUCCCCCACGUGCUGUUUACAAUUAAACUGCAAGCAUGGGAGGCUGUGCAUGCGUGUGCUUUUAGGUUGCUUUGCUGAACAAAAUGCAGCGGAGCGAUAUUCCUUUAAAGGAUGCUCUCUUGUCCGCACGUUCCACCUCUGUCUGCUCCUUCCUAAUCAUGGGGACAGCAGGAGCCACUGCUCAGAUUAUCUCAGUGUGUUCUGCGAUGGCUUUUUGUCUGUCUGAGGGUUGCUGUGAGAAAUCGCAUUGGGGGGCAGUCCAGCUUUGUACAUGAUAGUGCCACGGCUGGUGCUUCUUUCCUGAGUGUCAGUGGAAAGGCCAAGAAUAUACAAAAUCACACAUAGGAAUGCGUGUGUGUGUUUGUAGAAACUUUGUGCACCUUUGAAUGCUGGGAAUUGUUUUGUAUUAUAAGAUGAGCAAGAGGUGUGAGUGUGAAACCCCCGCUAUGAAGGACUGCAGGAAACAAAUCCACCAAAGCAGAUCAGAGAAGCAGGCAGGUGAACCUGAGCCAUGCCAACCCGCCGGGCUCCAUAACACCGCGUUUUGUUGUGACAGCGCUGAGCGUUGAGGCAUCAGCCUGGGCCUCGCAGCGCUCCUCAUCUCUGCCUGGAUUUGUUGUGCUGGUACCCAGGGGAGGGAGAGGAGGUGGAGAUGCGUGCUUGAUGUUCAGGACAGCUGAGGAUCAUCGUGGCUCCAAGGAUACGUAUUUUGUGCCAACUUGGAAUUGUUAAAAUGUGGGGCAGAGGGGUCCUGCUGCCCGCUGUUCUCAUUGGCGUUUUGUAGCUGAUCUUUUGGCUAAGGGUGAUAAUAGGAAAAAAUAUAGUUGAGCGAAAACCUGCAAGUGUUACUGAUUGAAAAUAACUCACCUAUUUUUAAAUAUUAAGUGAACUGUGUUAAACUGAGCUGUGUAAAUACCUGAUGCUGAAUCUUUGCAUAGUUGUUUCCAAGAGGUAUUUUUGCUAUGAGGUAUUAAAACUCAAAGAACUGUAUUAUUCCCUUUGAGGUGAUCUGUACUCUGGCUGUCGUACAUCUCUUGGCUCGUUUCCUCUUUGCUGUAGAUGCACAUACAUACGGAUAUAUGUAUGUGUUUUUAAAACAGACGGUUUAAUGUGGUAGAGUUGUACAGUCACACAGUUUAGGGCUUUGUAAUAUAUGUAAUUUUAAGAAUGUCAGUGUGGUUCUUAGCAAAUUUUAUAGACACUUUUCUGAAUCUAUCAGCACUUCCCAUCCUAAGACAAACUGCACAUAUUUCAGUGAUUGUUCCACUGGUUACAUCUUUGUCUGCCAUUUGUUUUGAAUUGAUGUAAUCUCGAUACUACUCAGAUUUCAAGGGCUGUUGACGUGUUUCACGUAGCCUAGGAUUGCCUGUUUGCCAAAUGUAUGGAUCGUGCAUCAACAGUACUCAGUAGCCUUACUGUUUUGCCUAAAGCCUAGCUAAUUUAUUUGAUAUUCUCUCUUUAAAGAGAGGUCUUUGGAAGGAGCAGCGUAUUUUAGGAUGCUCCUUCUCUUUGAAGGGAAACUCAGAAUUGAAUAGCAGUACUUGUUGAUCAGUGAUGUUAUUGUAGCCAAAGGAUGCAUGGGUGGUUACUAGGAAGUUUUUGCUUCAAGUUUCUCUAUGAAAUGUCGUGUUCUACAGAGCUGUGUGAAGAGUGUAGUUUUUUAUUCUGAAAUGCACUUGUACACUUUAUUUGAAAGGUCUGAAUGGAUCAUGAAUACGUUUAAGAAAUAAAUGAUACGUCACACGUUUUCA